GGAAAUCUUUAUGUUUGUCUUGAGUUGCAUGGGAGUGCUUCGUUUUGUUCUUAGUGUUUGUACCAACUGUGUUUGAUGAAUUACUAUUUUCUCCAUUUGCUAAAAUUUUCUUUGGCUGUUUUGUAGCGUAUUGCCUUGUUUUCUCUCCCCCCGUUUCUCAACCUUUCUUCCCCCUCCCUGAAUAAUCUACAAAUGCAAUAUGGCGACCAAUUCUGAGGGAGAAAAGCUUGCUCAAGGUCAAAGUGAAACAGAUAAACAGACAUUAUUAGCUGUUCUACAGUUUCUUAAGAAACAAAAUUUAAAGGGAACUGAAGAAGCUCUAAGGCAGAAGUAUCAUGUGCAGGAAUUGAGGAAAACUCUGUUCCAAACUCAGACAUCAACAACGUCUUGUCUGAGUAUAGCAGUGAAGGGGAUCCAAAAAAGUAUGAAGACUAUUAUUCUGGAAUUCAGGAAUACAUAGAGAAAUCGUUAGAUGUAUACAAGCCUGAACUUGGUACAAUCCUCUAUCCAUUAUUUGUUCAUAUGUACCUUGACCUCAUUUACCAAGGUCAUGAAGAUAAAGCAAGAUCAUUCUUGGCCAAGUUUCGAGACAGCCAGGAGGAUUACUAUCAGGCGGAUGUAACAAAGCUUGCAUCUGUUACUCAUAAGGAGCAUGCUGAAAUUAAUGAUUUAAUGCUUACGCUAAGGAGCAAUAAAUUUGUGAUAAAGUUAUCGAGGGAGUCGUAUCAAGCUUUGAAGAAAAAAUUACAGGAAAGUCAAAGUAAUUUGGUCCUAAAUUUAAUCCAACAACAUUUGCAAUUCGACGUUUUUGAUGGUCGACCAAGAAGCAAGGACGUUGUUGAAGCAACGUCUGGUGGUGUUGUAGGCCAACCCACUAAUGAAGCAAAUAAGGGAAAGGUUUUACAUGGAAUCGCUCAAGAACCAGAUCUGGGAGUAGUUUUACCAGAGGACGAUCCUGAAGACGAGACUGACGAAAAGGAUAAACCCAAGAAAAAGAAAGCGAGGAAGGAGGGAGGUCAAGCAAAGAAAAAAAAAGAAUUUAAUCCUGACGCUCCGAAACUUGACCGAGUUCCCUUUCCAGAUUUGAAAGAUCGCGAGAAAGUCUUGAAAGCAACCAUGCUCAAGGAAACGGCAAAAAUGUUGAACUUGGACGGCGAAACGUUACCAUCAGUUUGUUUUUAUACCUUUUUAAACGCACAUCAAGGACUGAAUACCAUCGCAUUUUCAAACGAUUCAAAUCUCAUUUGUGGCGGUUUCGAGAACAGUUCUCUUCGCAUGUGGACUUUAACUCCUAGGAAGCUGCGAACCUUGAAGUCAGCGGCCGAGUUAGCUCGCAUCGAUAAGGAUGCCGAGGAUGUGUUUGAGCGUAUUAUGGAUGACAAAACGGCCGCAGAAACUCGAACGCUGAUUGGUCACAGUGGUCCUGUGUACGGGGUCAGUUUUAACGAUGAUAACUCUCUCCUUCUUUCUGCCUCCGAGGACAAAACUAUCAGAUUAUGGAGCUUGUAUACUUAUACAAAUAUCGUGUGCUAUAAAGGUCAUAAUUAUCCUGUUUGGGAUGUUCAAUUUAGUCCCAAAGGUCAUUAUUUUGCAUCCGGUUCUCAUGAUCGAACUGCAAGACUAUGGACAACCGAAACUCCACAUCCGUUAAGAAUAUUUGCUGGUCAUUAUUCUGACGUCAACACGAUUCGAUUCCAUCCGAACUGCAAUUACAUUGCUACAGGAUCAUGUGACAAAACCGUGCGUUUAUGGGAUAUUACCUCUGGUCGAUGUGUUCGUGUGCUCACUGGCCAUAAGGGUGCCAUUCAUACCUUAGAUUUCUCGCCGGAUGGUCGAUAUUUGGCGUCAUCAGGUGUCGAUAAAAAAGUCCUGUUGUGGGAUAUCCCAGAGGCCCGUGCGACCGCUGAGUUCGUUGGACAUACUGACACUGUACAUGCGUUGAGAUUUAGCAGAGAUGGUCAUAUUUUAGCCUCGGGUGGCACAGACUGUUGUGUGAAACUUUGGAAUGCUCAAAAUGCAUACAGCAAAGAAGACGACGAAGAUUUAAUGCUGGGAAUGCAGCAUUCAGGUCGUACGAAACAGGUGAACGAAUUAGCAUCGUUUCCCACCAAGUCUACUCCCGUACAUUGCCUUCAUUUUACCUGGAGAAAUCUUCUGUUAUCCGCUGGACCGUUUGAUCGUUGACGCGUACGUAUCCUGGAAGACCGCAAGCCAAUCAUCUCAAUUCUCAAAAUGAAUGAUGACAACUCAAGAAGCGUGCUUGGUGACUGAUGAAAUGAAUACAAAAGGUAGUUGGUCUGCUUGACUUCGGAAAAGGUAUGCUUCUUCUAAUCAUUGAUAUGAACACGCUUAUGCUGGUGAUGCACACGUAAGUGGCUGCUUAUAUUUAAGCAAUGAGCUAGAAAUACAGUGGGGGUACUUACAACCGAACGUUAGCGCGAAAAAAACCCAACUCUUCCGAACUGUUAGUUGCUCGUUUUACGUGUAAAUUAUGUCAAAUGUUUCGUUUCGAAGCCGAUGUAACUUGAAGGAACGAAAUAUUAUAGCCGUUAAAGGCCGCUGUCAACCUUAUCAUGAUUCCUUUUCGCUUUUAUUUAUUACCAUCUGUUGAAUUGUCAUGUGAUAGAAGUAGGAAGUUGAAUGUUUUUUCUGCUUCCUUGUAUAUUAAACUGACGGCAAACCAUUUGAAUCUUG